CUUUGUAUCUGUGUUGUUUUUUUAAUCAAUUAUUUUCUUCGCUGUUGUGAGCUGUUAUCAGCGCGUCUAGUGCCGCGGUUGUGAAGAAAAUCAUUGAUGCUGGAUAGAAGGAAUGGGAUUUGUUGUCAUUAGCUCACACGGGAGGGAGAAUAAGAUUUGCUGUCGUUAGCUUAUGCUAGACCAAGGAUAAGAUAAGAUUUGCUGUCGUUAGUUUAUUCUAGACCAAGGAUAAGAUUUGCUGUCAUGAGUUUAUUCUAGGCCAAGGAUAAGAUUUGCUGUCGUUAGUUUAUUUUAGACCAAGGACAAUAUAAAAUUUGCUGUCAUUUGUUUCUUCUAAACUAAGGAUAAGAUCUGCUGUCAUUAGUUUAUGCUAGAUCAAGGAUAAUAUUUGUUGUCAUCAGUUUAUUCUAGACCACGGAUAAGAUAAAUUUGCUGUCAUUAGUUUAUUUUAGACCAAGGACAAUAUAAAAUUUGCUGUCAUUUGUUUCUUCUAAACUAAGGAUAAGAUCUGCUGUCAUUAGUUUAUUUUAGAACAAGGAUACGUUAAGCUGUCAUUAGUUUCUUAUAGACCAAGAAUAAGAUAAGAUUUCUUGUCAAUUGUGAUUACUUUAUUUUAGACCAAGGAUACGAUUUGCUGUCGUUUGUUAAUUCUAGAAUAAGGAUAAGAUAAAAUUUGCUGUCAUUAGCAAAGCGGAUGUCUUGUAGGCCAGUGCUACAGAAAUUCUUUCAGAUUUGUUUCUAUAUUGCUACACAAACGAAACAAAAAACCAACAGUACAUACGAGAGUCAAGGGACGUAGCAAUAGGAAUGGUUGAUUGAAUGGAGUUGUCGGUUCAUUGUUCGCUCAAACAACCCACCUGUACAUCAGCACGGAGCACCACGAUCAAGCCACGACAAAACUCAGUAGGUGCAGGUCUAAAGGUUCCAUGCUGACAUCAAAGUCAGGUACAGUGUGCCGUAUAGGCAGACAGUAGUUGCAACAACACGAAGGACAACUUCGACAGGCCGUAGUUAGAUAAACAGGAAGGACAACUCCGGCGAUGUGUGGGCUGAUCAAAGAGCAGUUUCGUUUGAACAACUUCACAUUCCGGCAUGACGAACCCUACAGAUUUGUCACGCCCGAGUGGAAGAAAAUACCUCAGAUUGUUUUUCUCAUGUGGAGAGUGUGUUGGGUCAUCUGGCAUGUGGUGUGGUUAGUGCUCAGCAUUGAUGAUGAGGGUAAUGAAAAAUGGUUGAUCUAUUUGACGAAUAUUUCCUACCUUAUGUUGGUGGUUCAGAGUGUUGUGUAUGCUAUUGUGGUCAUUGUACACACCUCCAAGGGAACAUUACAUCCGAAAAACUUCGAAACAAAGACUCCGUGGUAUCUACAGUUAAACUGGUUCUUAACAACUCUGUCUUUUGACACAGCCGUGGUGGUGACCAUACUCUACUGGACAUUGGUCUAUACAGGAAGACUGGGACCCUUGUCCAUGGUCACACAUGCCAUCAACUCUGUCUACGUCAUCAGUGACAUCAUCAUUUACGCAAUUCCGGUGAGGAUCUUCCAUGUGGUUUACGUCGCCUUGUACGCCCUGCUUUACGCCAUAUUUAGUGUCAUCUAUUACGUUUGUAAAGGAACAAAUACAAAGUCCCUCCCAUACAUCUACAAGGCAUUGGAUUGGUCCAACACCCUACCGACUUUGGGUCUAGUCGCGGCGGUCAUCUUUGUGGCGAUCCCUUUGAUUCAUCUGUUCCAGUUCGCCUUGUACACAUUGCGUACGUACGUACACGGCAGGUGUGAAGCUGAACGGUCCGUGGCACCUGUGAGUAUAAAGGAGAAUCCCGAUCCGGCGCAUACGGAAAUUGAAGUUACAACAGAAACGGAAAUGGCAGUACAGUAAGAAACAGAAGUGGUCGAGACAGCAGAAAAUGAAAGUGAAGUUAAAUUUAAAUAAGAAACAGAAGAGGUCGUCACAUCAGAAAAUGAAGGGGAUGUUAAGUAAGGAACGGAAGAGAUUGCGAAAUGAAAGGGAAGUUAAAUAAGAAACGGAAGUGGUCAUUACAUCAUAAACUAAAAAUGAAACUAAGUCUCAAACAUAAGUGGUCGUUGAUUCAGAAAUUGAAAAGGCAGUUCCUCGAGGAACAGAAAUAGAAGUAACAUCUGAGAACAGAGAAAUUCCAUCCAGUGGAGAACAAAAAUAGUACUAAGAGGAAUUUAAUACUUGACAAUACGUUUACGUUGUUAUUUUACACUUGUUUAAUGUGAUUGCGAUUUAAUUAGUAUGCAGAUUAGAAGCUUAGGGAUGAAGUGUUUCUUCUGAAGCUUAUGGUUAGGUAAACUUUUAAGACACGGAUUAGUGCGUUUGGCCAAGAAUAAUUUAAUAGUUAAAAUUAGAAUUAAUGUGAUACAUUAUUAAGUUAUAGGAUUAAUUAAUAUACUGGGCGAACUUUGUCCGACCAACUCUAUAUAAUACAGCGAAAAGCAAAUUUAUGUUAUUUUAAAUGUAUACUGAACGUUCAUCAGCUCAAAUAGUAUUCUUUAGACCAAACGAAAUACAAAUAGGUAUAAAUAAAUUAAAUGUAUAUAAUU